AUGGUAACCUCUUUCAAGCCAACUUUUGUGAGCGAUGCGCUUUUGAAAGACGCGGCUUAUGUCAACGGCAAGUGGAUCAAGAAAUCCGAGCAGGUUUUUGAAGUAACGGACCCUGCCACCGGCGAAGUCAUUAUGAAGCUGCCAGACCAGGAUGUGGAAAUCGUGGACGAAGCCAUCGAUGCUGCGUACUCCGCAUUCAAGACAUUUAAGAACUCGACCGUCAGACAAAGAGCCACCUGGCUCAGAAAACUUUACACCUUGAUGAUGGAUAACAUUGAAGACUUGGGCAAGAUUCUGUCUUGGGAAAACGGUAAGCCUUUAGCAGAGGGGAUUGGUGAAAUUAAGUACGCAGCCUCAUUCUUUGAAUGGUAUGCAGAAGAAGCCCCGCGCAUAUACGGAACCACGAUCACCGCUGGCAUCGAGACCAAUCGGGUUUUCACCCGUAGAGAACCCGUGGGUGUUUGCGGUAUCAUUUGCCCUUGGAACUUCCCUAGUGCCAUGAUUACAAGGAAAGCGGGAGCAGCCCUAGCAGCCGGUUGUACUAUUGUGUUGAAACCGGAUUCCCAGACCCCGCUCUCGGCGCUAGCGAUUGCACACUUGGCACAUGAAGCAGGUCUCCCAGCCGGUGUAUUCAACGUUGUUUUGUCGCAUACCAGAACUCCAGAAUUUGGUAUCAAACUAUGCGAAUCUCCCAAAGUGAGAAAAGUGUCAUUUACCGGUUCCACCGCUGUUGGUAAGAUUUUAAUGAAGCAAUGUUCCUCCACGCUGAAAAAGCUAUCCUUUGAACUUGGGGGUAAUGCACCUCUGAUCGUUUUCGAGGACGCAGACAUGGACAAAGCUGUGGAUGAAGCCGUUGCAUGCAAGUUUAGAGGUUUAGGUCAGACUUGCGUUUGCGCCAACAGGUUCUACGUUCAAGAAUCUAUCAUGGACGAGUUCGCCUCUAAGUUUGCUGAAAAGGUGAAAAAAUUUGUCAUUGGGCAUGGUCUCAAAGAAGGCGUCACUCAUGGCUGUAUGAUCAACCCCAAAGCUAUUGAAAAGGUGGAGGCUCAUUCCAAGGAUGCAAUUGAAAAAGGCGCCAAAGUUGUUGUUGCGGGCGGUCGUUUGCCUGAUUUGGGACCCACGUUCUACUCGCCCACCGUCUUGUCGCACGUUCCUCAAAGUGCAGACGUAGCAUCGCAGGAAACAUUUGGUCCUCUAUGCGCAAUGAUCCCUUUUAAGACAGCUGAGGAGGUUGUCGGCUAUGCUAAUGACACCGAAGUGGGAUUGGCUGCCUACGUUUUUUCAAAAAAUAUUGAUACCAUUUACACUGUUUCGGAAGCUCUUGAAACCGGUAUGGUCUCUUGUAAUACUGGUGUUUUCAGUGACUCGACGGUGCCAUUCGGAGGUGUGAAAGAGUCAGGAUUUGGUAGAGAGGGCUCGUUACACGGCAUUGAAGACUAUACUGUCAUCAAGUCGACUAUCAUCGGUGGUUUACCAAAACGAAUGUGA